AUAUCCGGUAAAAUGGCGGCAAUCAAAAGUGUGAUUAUCUUAUGAUCAGAUUUGUGUCCACACUGUUCCUGAUAAACUAUGUCAGGUUAUAACAAAAACAACAGAGGUGGAAACCAGAACUGGAGGAGGGGCCAUGGACGAGGAUUCAGAAGAGGUCUCGGUUGGAACAGGGGAAACUUUAAUCAAAGAAACCAAGACCGAGAUAUGGAACCAAAUCGGAGAAACUUUGGCAGCCCUACGAGAAAUGAAAAUUGGGAACAAGUUGAACAUUUUGAUGACAAUAUUUUGGAAAGAUCUCCAGUAUUAGAAAGGGAAGGUGCUCCUCAAAGGUUCUUUGAUGAUGAAGAAGGAAUUAUGAUGAUUGAAGAAGGCAACAUAUCACCAGAUUUUGAUGGGGACCGUUUCCGUGGACAACAAAGAACUAGAUGGAAUAGAUCUAGAAGUCCAAAGGAAAAUGAUGAAAGACGUUUUCAGAUGUCACCAAAUCUACCAAGAGAAUGGCAUGAACAAAAUGAGCAAUUCAAUGACGAAAUGGGAGUUCAUGGAGACAGACUGUCACAAUACUCCAACAAUGAGGGUCAAUUAAGGGAUAACUCGCCUAACAUGAAAGAUUUAGAUGGAUGGCAGGAGGAAAGAAGAUUUCCAAGUGAGGAAAGAAAUAGUAGAUGUCAUAGUCCAUCUCCACAUCGAGAUGGUUCCUGGGAACGAAGACAUAGAGAUCAUAUGGGAGAUAAUAGAAGAAAUCGCAAUGAGAGAGAUGACAGAAGAGGACAUAGACGAGAUCGUCGCCAUUUUGAUGAUAGAGAUGACAACAUGCGGAAUGACAUAUUUAUUGAGAGACAUGAGGAGAAUUUGCAGAAUGACCAGUUUGUUCCUAGUCCAGUAGAAGGUGACUUUGUUCCUGAUGAUUUUGUCAAUAGAGAGGUUGAGGAAUUUCCAGACAGAGACACUGAUUAUAAUAGACAUGAAGAAAGUCCAGUUCAUGAGAACAAUUUUAAUCGAAACGAUCAACAACAAGAUGAAUUGCCAGAUCAUAACAGGGAAAGAUUUGAAAGACAAGGCAGAUUUGAGAGAGGAGGUAGAUUUGAGAGAGGAGGUGGAUUUGAGAGAGGAGGCAGAUUUGAAAGAAGAGGUGGAUUUGAAAGAAGAGAUGGGUUUGAGAAAAGGGGUGGUUUUGAAAGGAGGGGUGGAUUUGAUCAGAGGGGCAGAGGACAAGAUCAUUGGAGGUUUAGAAAUGACAACAGUAACCGAACUGACAGGGAUCAUCGAAGCACAAGCCCUAGAAACCGGCGAAGCAUAAGUCCUAGGAACCGGCGAAGCACAAGUCCUAGAGAUCACCGAAGCACAAGUCCCAGAGGUGGAAGGCAGUUUUCACCUCAUCGUGCAGUAGAUGUCGAGCCAAUGAUGAUGGAGCAGGGGAUGGCCAAUAUCAUACAGACAGAGAAUGGACCAAUGCUGAUGGGACCUGAUGGCCCCAUUGAAAUGCUGCCUCCAGGCAUACCUAUAAUGAUACAGCCAGGGAUGGAACCUCAGCUUCUUGGCCCAGUUGGACCAGAUGGUAUGCAACAAGUUCUGGUCCAUCUUGACCAGCCACAGAUGGCUAUUCAGGACCAAAUGAUGGUGGAACAAGGAAUGAACAAUGAUCCACCAGAUGAUAGCCAGUUUAGGUCUAGAGGCAGGGGGCGUGGCAGAGGAAGAUGGAUUGACAGAGGGCGGGGUCGUGGAAAAGGGUUUGACAGGGGAAGAGGAAGAGGAUUUGAUAGAGGACAUGGAGGCAGGGGACGAGGUUGCUUCCACCAGAACAGGCAUGAUGAUAUGAAAAAUAUUAACAAAGAAAUACCUGCAUCAGGCCCACUAAACAUGCCUAUGAUGAUGCCAAGAUCUCCAGAGAGAUCCGUGCCGAUGUUCAUUGAACCAGGUAUGAUGCCACAACCAGGCCUGGUCCCUAUGGAUAUGUUACAUCCAGACAUCCCUGUGUCAGCUGGUGGGGGUGUACCGGUCAUGUUGGACCCAAACACGCUACAGCCUGUACAGUUACUGGUCCACAACAUGGAGCCAGGCAUGCCGCAGGGAGACAGGCAUGAACCACCUCUUCAUCCCAUGAACUUGCCUCCAGAACACAUGCCGCCUAGAGGUAGAUCAGUGGAUAGGAGGGACUUCCCAUCUAACCGUCAGCAUGAUCAACGGAUGGAUGGCAGGCACCAUCAUCACAGACAUGAAGGCAGCUCAGAUCGCUCUGGUAGCAGGAGUAGGGAAGGCCACAAGGGCAGUCUUAAGGACAAAGACAGGUCAUCAGUCCAAGCCGGUCAAAGAAAAUCAGAAAAACAACAUGAUAAACAGCAUAGUGGAAAGAAAGAUAAACCCCAGUCAUCAUCUAAAAACUUAACAAAGCAGCAGAGGAAAUUAGCGACAAAACAGAAGAAAAAAGGAUCAAAAAAUGACACAGCCAUGCUAUCAUUACUGAAGUCAGCUUUGGAUGUGAUGCAGUCCAGAAUUAGGGAGAAAGAUCAGGUGCAUGAUCAGUCAUCUUCCACGACCAGUAGGACACAAAAAGGUGCUGCUUCUUCUGCAGGUCAAACAGGCAAACACACUAGCAGUAGUAGCGGACCUGUCAGACGGGAGGGUUCUGGAUCAAGAUCAGAUAGUGGCCAAAGAAAAUCUAAUAAGGAAGAAACCAGAGUAUCACACAGGUCCAGGAAGGAGACUGAGACAAGGGUUCUCGAAUUAAAGUCGCCCAGUAAUAGAAACUCAAAACCUCCAAAACCGGAUGUAUCUAGUACUGGUCAGGUUCAGGGCAGGAAUCUAAAAACUUCAGGAUCUCAGAAUCCAGUUAACAAACUGCCACCGAAACUACCUUCUAAAUCUACCAGUGAGUCGCCCAUCAAACCAGCUUCUAUAUCUACCAGUGAGUCGCCCAUCAAACCAGCUUCUAUAUCUACCAGUGAGUCGCCCAUCAAACCAGCUUCUAUACCCACAUCACAAUCGACUGGCAAACAGAAUUUGAAACCAACAUCACAAUUAGCAGGCAAAGUUCCUUCUAGACCUACAUCACAAUUGACUAGCAAAUCAGCUCCUAUGCCUACAUCACAAAUGGCUGGCAAAGGUGCUCCUAUGCCUACAUCACAAUGGGGUUCUGGAGCAAAAUCUUCAACCUCUAACUUAGAGACGAUGUCUAAAGGUGUUGGCAAAGGUUCUAUACCUACAGGAAACACUGAAAAGCAGAGUGAAACAGCAGGGCUCAUCAAGACACUGUCAUCGAAGCUCGAGGAAAUAUUGGCCAAUAAAAGAGAUGACAAUGCAGAGGACCGUGAUAUGGUUUUAUUACUACAGUCAACACUGGAUGCUGCUCGUAAACGAACUGAAGAUACACAAAUAGACAAAAACAACCCAAAUGAGAAGCCUAAGUCAGUUGAGUUGAAGUCACAGGAGAAACAAGAGGUCAAGGAGAAGGUGGAGGAAGACAGCAAUAAAAAUACCCAAAAUACCAUUCAAAAACUAGGUGAAAGGCCAAUUACUCAAGAUAUGAACGUACAGAAACAGGAGGGGAAUCCUACUAACAGACCCAUCAAGAAACCCAGGAGGCAUCUAACCAAGAAAGAGUGGGCAAAACUGAAGAAGGCGGCAGAAGAUGCUAUAGCGGCUUCCACCACAGGAGACAUUGAUAUGGAGCAAGCCAUCAUCCAAGAGGCCAAGAAAGUCAACCUGAAUACAGAACAGAAUGAGACAGAGAAAGGUUCAGGAUCAACUGUGGGGAAGAGUGGGGAGGUACAAUCUGGACAGUCAUCGGAAAGUCAGCAGCCAGUCAAGCCACCACCUAUGGCCAGAUUCAAAGCAGAAAAACGCAAAGCCUUAGAGAGGAAGGCAGCAAAGGAGGCUGCAAAGAAGGCCCGCCUGGAGGAGGCCCAGGGAGGACAAUCUACAUCCCAAGCACCCAGUACGCUACUUGCAUCCCAAUCGCAGCAUAAAUCAUCAUCAGUCACUAUGUCAACAUCAUCGUUGGUCUCUGGCCCGAUUCUGUCAGUAGCCGUGCAAGCAGUAAAGGCUGCUGAGGAAACCUUCAGUAAGCAGGCUGGUUCCUCAGAAAAAGGAUCGAACACUACAAAUGAUUCUGCGACCUUGGCAGCACAGUUAAAGGCCAUAGAGACCCUGACAGAGGUUUCCACUAAAGACUUACCACCCUCCUUACAAUCUGUGGUAAAAGACAAGUUGGCUGUGCAGCAAGCUCGGAUAACUGCACAACAACUCCUUAAACAAACGCGACCUCCUGUCAGUAUCCCGGGACUGGGUGAAUUGGAUAAGGUCACUCCUCAACAACCAGCAGUGUCGAGGUCACAAGCUCCUCCCCUUAGAAGCCCAAGCAAUCAAUUUGGCCUUCCAAGAGGACCAUCAACCCAAUCAGCCAUUCCAAUGGGGUUUCGUGCUCAAUUAGCAGCCGGUCUUGUAAGGGGUGCUCAGACUCCACCAACCCCUCCAAGGGGACUUCAGCCACAACUUCAUCGUCCAAGGGGACCAUUACUGGGACAUGCAAGGGGUGUGCACUCUCAAUCAGUCCCACAAAGAGGAGACCAGCUGGGCAAUAUUGCACCUGCUCGACUUGGCAUGCCUCCCCAGGUUACUGGAAGCAUUCAACACCAACAGAGAGGUGUAAUUCCAUCUCCUAACUUACGCGGACCUUCACCAGCUUUUCCUAACAUGCCAGUAAUGAGAACACCAAGUGUCCGGCCAUCACGACCCCUGUUUCCUAUUUCAACACAAGUGACUGUAGCAGCAUCUACUUUCCAGAGAGCACCUCUACAGAUACCCGUCAGCCAGAGUUUCCCAACCCCUCGGGGCCCCCCUCCCCAAACACCUGUUAACCAGACUUACCCAACCCCUCGUGGCCCCCCUCCCCAGAUGCCUGUCAGCCAGUCCCUUGACUACUACAUACAAAGGACACCGGUAUCCUAUCAGACUCCCACAUCAAGGCAACACACAAACAUUCAGUCCAAGAAUAGCACUGAAGAGGCAAUUCAUGAGCUUGACAAAAUUUUGUCCAAAGAUGAUAAUACAAAGAAAGGUUUCAAUAAAAAGGGACCUCAACCCAAACUAGCUUUCAAUGUGAAGAAAAUAGAAUCUCCAAAACAAAUACAACCAGUUCCUGUCAGUCGUCUGGUUGUUUCUAAAGAGAAAGCUUCCAACAAACCAGAUGAAAAUAAACAAGAAAAGCAGACAACUCUAAAAAUACCAGACAACCUGUUUGGAAAAGUUAUUGAUCCUUUCAACAAAUUACAGAAAGAAGAAGAAAGGAAAGUAGGUGAUCAAAAAAGAGUUGGUAAAGAUGUUAAAAAAGAUGCUAGGCUGAGUCAGGAAGUUAAAAAUAGAGCAGACAUAAUAAAUGCUAGAAUUGUAACAACAAGUGACGAGAAAGGUCAAACAGGACCAGACAAAAAACGUAGAGUGUUCUCAGAACUGUCGAAGGAUAGCAGGGAUGACUCUAAAUCUCGUGGUGAGGGAAGGCAGAGUAGGUUUGACAGCAGAGCAGAAGGUAGUAAAAAAGACACAACAGUAGAAGAAUUAGAAAGAGAUAGCCUGAUGAGAGAGGACCAGCAGAGGAGGAGGAGAAGAGAAAGGCGACAGUCACCAGUUAAAUUGGUAACCAGAUGUAAACCUCUUCCAUCAACAGAUAAAUUGUCUACAGGAUCAAGGUCACCAAAACGUCUCUCCCCUGUUCCCCAUUCACGGCGUUCACCAGGCAGACGGUCCCCUGAUCGCUUAAGGCGAGAGGGCACAGCCAGAACAAGAUUGUCUCCCGAGUACUACAAGGAGCGAGCAUCAUCGGGACGAAAGUCUCCAACCAGAAUGGAUACAACUAGAGACUUGAAUCGUGCAAGACUUUCCCCAGAUCGUUAUCGUAACUCACCUCCUGGGCAUUCAUCAGACAGAUCUAGAAUAUCCUCUGACUACAAGGAGAGAGGGUCAUCAGGACGAAGGUCUCCAACCAGAAUGGAUACAACUAGAGACUUGAAUCGUGCAAGACUUUCCCCAGAUCGUUAUCGUAACUCACCUCCUGGGCACUCAUCAGACCGAUCCAGAAUAUCCUCUGAUCGUAUGCUGAAGUCUGGUAGGUCUCCAGAACGGUACAGAAACAUGUCUCCUCCUAGAGAACAGCGUUCAGCAGAUCUCCACUCACCUGGUCAUUAUGGUUCUUUAGGCAGGGCCAACCGUUCUCCUGACCGUCAUGGGACUAAACGUUCACCAGAUCGAGGCAUGGGGUAUCGAUAUCCCCCAGAUACAUAUGACAGUCGAGGCAACCUAUCUCCAUAUUCUUAUAACCGCCAGUCUAGACGUUCUCCUAGUCCUUACAGUAAUAGAAGUCAGCAGUCACAAGAAAUGUUCAUCAGUCGGUCACCUGUACGUUAUCCUAAUAUUCCAUCCUCCACAAGGCUGUCACCAAGGAGAUCCAACUCGCCACCUCCAUUCAGAAAGUCAAGGUCAAGAUCUCCAGUGAGAUAUUACAACCAGAGACAUUCCAGAUCAAUUUCACCAGAUCAAAGGUCUAGGAGAUCACCAGACUCAAGGUUAAGAAGGUCAAGGUCACCAGACCACAGGUUAAGAAGGUCAAGGUCACCAGACCACAGGUUAAGAAGGUCACAAUCACCAGUCCCAAGGUCAAGAAGGUCAUUGUCCCCGAGGUACAGAAGGUCACAAGACCAAAGGUCAAGAAAGUCUUUGACUCCAGAUGCGAGGCAUAGAAGAUCACCAGAUCCAAGGUCAGGUAGAUCAUUAUCACCAGACCAUAGGUCCAAAAGAUCAAGGUCACCAGGAGACAUGUUUAGAGGUCAGCAGAUAGAUUCAUUCAGUUCAAGAGAGCCUGAUGGCCAAAUAGGUAGAGUCAAUAUGCAGACAUCCAACCUUGUCCCAAACCAAUAUGGUAACAAUGUGCCACCCCCCAACUUCAACCAGAUUGGAAACCAGUUUGCUACUAAUAUUCCACCACCCAACACAAACCAGAUUGGAAAUCAAUUUGGACAAACUGUUAACCCUGGCGAUAUUGCUUUAAAUCAAUACAACAACCAGGUGGGAAACCUUGGACCUAACCAGUUUGGUAGUAAUUUCCCACCACCAAAUUCUGGGCCAUAUGGAAAUCUGCCACUAAACCUUGGGCCUUAUGGAAACCUACAACCCAGCUCUGGGCCAUAUGGAAACCCAUCUACUAACUCUGGACCUUAUGGAAACCCAUCCUCUAUCUCUGGGCCUUAUGGAAACCCACCUCCCAGCUCUGGACCUUAUGGAAACCCACCAACCAACUCUGGACCUGGUCAGUUUGGAAACCAGCUGUCUAGCUCUAGACAAGGUCAGUUUGGAAACCACUCAACAGGCUCUGGACUAGGUCAGUUUGCAAACCAGCUGUCUAGCUCUGGACCAGGUCAGUUUGGAAACCAGUCAACAGGCUCUGGACCAGGUCAGUUUGGAAACCAGAGAACAAGCUCUGCACCUGAUCUAUCAAUGAGCUCUGUAAUGCAGCAAUCUAGCUUUGGUCCAAACCAGCAAGGAAGUGCUGAUGCCAGAUUGAUGCCUCCCCCACCCAGCACCUUAAAGGACCGAAGUCCACCUAGAAGCACACUAACCAGGUCUGGGGACCAAGGUUCAACCAAAAGCUUGUCACACGGUGCUACAGGACAGACCAGUACAGCCCAGCCGCCAGCCCUCAAAGGAAUUCUCAAAAGGAAAUCUGAUAAUCCUUCAGCAUCUGAAUCAUCGACAGCAUCAUCAAUCUGGCAGUCCCUAACUGGUGCAAAAGAAAUGAAGGGUGAGCCUCAUACCAAGCGCUUUACCUCUGGGGCACUGAAUACACUACAAGAGUCAUACAAGGAGCCAACAGUUGGUCAACACCGUUAUGUAACAGAGCCAAAAAAUGAGGUUUCAACUGUCAUGGAACAGGGGCAGAAGAAGACACAGACAGGAAUGGAGGACACGUACGAGUCAUUCCUCAAUGUUAUUGGCUAUGAGAAGAAGACAGAAAGUACUAAGCAGAGCCCCACCCCACACUACAUGUACAACACCAGGAGGGGCAGUAUGACAUCCAGCAUCCCUGGCCUCGACAUCCCAGUAACCGGUGACAACAAUGGUGAUAGGUUUAAGAAGCCUACUGCCAGCUCCCACCUGGGUCUGUUUGCCUCAGACCAACAGUCAGGAGGUAUGUUUCCCUCAGACCAACAGUCAGGAGGUAUGGCUAGACCACUGGAUAGCAUGGCCGGACCACGGGCCCAUAUAGCUGGUUCCCUAGCCAGUAAGCCUGUAUCCUCAGCAGCCUCUACACCGUACUUCAACGCUCCUAUCAGUUAUAACCGCCCUGGUGUUUUUCCUUCAGCUGCUCGACUUAACCAGAUUCUAAGGAAGUAGUGAGGUAACCUUUACCUGUGUAGUCAUGGUUACGUCAAAUACACAGGAAGUAGUGUGAUAACCUGUGUAGUCAUGGUUACGUCAGAUUCACAGGAAGUAGUGUGGUUACCUUUGUGUCAUGGAUACAUCAGAUUCACAUGUAGUGUGUUUAUACCUGUGUUGUCAUGGUAACAUUUGAUUCACAUGUAGUGUGUUUAUACCUGUGUUGUCAUGGUAACAUUGGAUUCAAAGGAAGUAGUGUUAAUACCAUCAGUGUCACUGUUACUUCAGACUCACGGAAAGUAGUGUGGUAAUCACAGUUUAAGUACAUUAAACCGCCUUGUUGUAUUCACAUACCUGGGGUACAUUAUUAUGUGAUACUCUCUGGUAUUGGAGCCUAUCUCAAUGUACUGUGAAAACAGAUAAGAAUGAACUGAUGGAUAUACAAGUGCUGUAGGUUUGUUCCUUUUUAUCUAUAUGACAUUCUUUGUCUCUUGUGAAAAUAAGAAACAGAAAAUCGUAUGUACUUGUUUCUGAUUAAGAUUAAAAGGAAUUGGAUGUAUAAUUAGUUUGUCAUGCUAAUAACAUAAAUAUCUGCAGAUUAAUGUAAAAUAAGAAAAUCAUGUGGUAUUCAUUGUUUAAUGUUAUGAUUUUGUGACAAAAGGAAUCAUGACUGUUACAAUAUAAUGAUAACUGUGUUGCAUUUAGUGUAUAUUAUAAUGAGCAAUAUUAACAUUUUACCUCCACCAGCUUCUAUCAUGGAAGUUUAUUUUAGGUGGCAGUAGUUCGGAUUUUAAUUACAUGAUUUUCCAUUGAUGGUAUUUUUCAUCAGGUAUCUCUUUUCAUUUUUUUUUAGGAAAUUUGAAUGCAGUAAUAUAUAUAUAUAUUUUAAAUACAUGUACUAGUCUUUUGCUUUUUAUAACAAAAGACAAAACAUCAAUGUGUUUACAAUUGUAAUGCCAUGGAUUUGAAUAUAUCCUCAUUAUAUUGUUGUAUAUUGUUUAAAUAUAUCCUCAUUAUAUUGUUGUAUAUUGUUUAAAUAUAUCCUCAUUAUAUUGUUGUAUAUUGUUUCAUUGAAUUAUCUUUUAAAGUGAAAUUUGUUUGUUAGUUUUCUCAUUUUAUUCUGGUCAACUUUUAUAAUGUUGAAGAAUUGGGGCAAGUUUUAUGUAAGAGAAGUAAGAGAGAAUAGAGAUAAAAUGUCAGAAUGUAGAUAUUUUGGGCAGUGCUUUGUGUGUUGAGAAAGUACAAAUGAAGUUUGGGAAAGAAAGGUUGAUAGAGAGAAAGGAAUGCCUACUUGCAUUAGUAAUUUACAGAUGAAGUACCUGCUAUGUUGACAAUGUCAUCAUCAAAUUCUGUUGAAAUAUUUGUCUACAUUGCAACACUGAAUAAAAUGUUAUGAAAUCUUUCACUGUAUUUAUUCUUUUGUUCUGAAUUAUGUGACAUUAGUAAUACAUGUAAAUCAAGUGGCGCUCACCUGAACAGGACACCUUUUUUCAAAAACGGAAAACAGAAUAAAUAAUUUAAGGUAGAUCCACCAUCAAUGAUUUUGUGAGAAAUAAUCUUUUUCAUUCUUAAAUUAUUAAGGAGCAAGGAAAGUCAAUAAAACACAAUGAACACAUGGCUACUUAAGUACUUUCAAAAACUAGGGCUUCAUAAACAUUAGGAAUCUCGGUGUCAAACGUUUUAGAAUGACUUGGCCCAAGACAAGUGUGCCGUAAAUUUCUAUUAAGAAUAUACAUUGUUUCAUCAAUGUUGUAUUCCAAAAGCAUUUAGGGGCAGAUCUAGUAUUGUUUAAGUGUGUAUGAUCUAGUAUUGUUUAAGUGUGUAUGAUCAAUACAAAUAUUAUAGUUAUACACAUGUACAUUGAAGCUUUUCCGAACAAUGAAAAAUACCGUAAUUCUUCAUUAAAAUAUAUUAUGUACGAGUCCUCUCUCUCGAGUCUUUCAAUCAUUAAAUAAUAUCCAAAGACUGAAAAAAUGAAAAAAUGCCUCAUUUUCUAAUAUGAAAUAAAGAAUUUCUUUAAAAAACACCCUUAGAACUUUUUGCGGGCAGAGAGGACAUAUAUUUCCGUGUAAUAACAUAUCAGUGUAUGUUAAAAGAUUUCCCGGACAACAAAACGUGCUGUAAGUCAUAUUAUGAGUAAAUUAUCCCUAUCCAUAUAAAAAUUUAACAUGGAAUUAAAUAUUACAACAUAGAAAGUAGUAUAUUUAAUUGAUAAACCAAUGUUCUGUAUUUAAACAAGUAUUGGAAAUUAGAUUAGCAACCAAACAUAUCAAAUUGUAUACCCUAUGUCAAAAAGCAAACUGUUGUAGUAUUUUACAACAAGUUAAACAGUGUUUGAUCAAUUGUAAUUUGAAACC